AUGCUGCUUCUGCAGGUGCUGGGAGCCCUGUUCCUGGCCAUUGGCCUCUGGGCCUGGGGUGAGAAGGGCGUUCUCUCUAACAUCUCAGCGCUGACAGAUCUGGGAGGCCUCGACCCCGUAUGGCUGUUUGUAGUGGUUGGAGGUGUCAUGUCAGUACUGGGCUUUGCUGGCUGCAUCGGGGCCCUCCGGGAGAACACCUUCCUGCUCAAGUUUUUCUCCGUGUUCCUCGGCCUCAUCUUCUUCCUGGAACUGGCAACAGGGAUUCUGGCCUUCGUAUUCAAGGACUGGAUUCGAGACCAGCUCAAUUUCUUCAUCAACAACAAUGUUAAGGCCUAUCGGGACGACAUUGACCUCCAGAACCUCAUUGACUUUGCUCAGGAAUAUUGGUCUUGCUGCGGAGCCCGAGGGCCUAAUGAUUGGAACCUCAAUAUCUAUUUCAACUGCACUGACUUGAACCCGAGCCGGGAGCGCUGCGGGGUGCCCUUCUCCUGCUGCGUCCGGGACCCUGCGGAAGAUGUCCUCAACACCCAGUGUGGCUACGAUGUCCGGCUCAAGCUGGAGCUGGAGCAGCAGGGCUCCAUCCACACCAAAGGCUGUGUGGGCCAGUUUGAGAAGUGGCUGCAGGACAACCUGAUCGUUGUGGCUGGGGUCUUUGUGGGCAUCGCCCUCCUCCAGAUCUUUGGUAUCUGCCUGGCCCAGAACCUUGUGAGUGACAUCAAGGCAGUGAAGGCCAACUGGAUCAAACAUGAUGAUGGCUACAAACUACUCAAAUAAACAAAACCUUGAAAACCACUGGCUUACGCCCACCAUCUCGAAGGUUCUGUCAGCGGCAGGGCCUCAGCAGUACUCUCCACCUGGGGCCCCGGCCCGGAUGCACCCUGCCAGCGUGUUUUCUUGGCCUAGGCAGCGUAUACAAUUGAGCCAACCUUUAAAACUUGGUGUAUUUCACAUAAAAGUCCAGCUCCCCGGCAUCUUGUGAAGAAUGGCCAUCUGGCCACAACGGCUCUUCAGUGGCAUCAUCUCCUGGGACAUAUGCUUCCUGUUCUCUGCCUGGCGUGUUCUGCUCACCUAAGUGCCCUGCCUGACCCUGUAGGCUGGGAGUUGGCCUCCCCCCACCUCUGCAGGGUUUUCCCCUGCAAAUGCUGCGAGGCUGCUGUGGGCCAAGCCCGGAUUGAAGCAUGGGAGUGAGAAUGGGGAGGCUGGAGCCUGCCCCGAAGAGGCCACCGCCUGGAGGGGUCUGGUCCUCCUGGGGACUAAGAUGGGUGCCAGGCAUGCCCAGGAGAGGGGCUGAGGGGUGGGAUGGAGAUCGGGAAGGUUUUGGGAAGGAGUAGCUGGAAGCCUGAGCUUGGCACCCAUGGGGAUAGGGGGAGCCAGGUUUGGGGGCCAUUGAUGGUUUUGACUCCUAGGCUCCCUUGGAA